CGAAUUCGGUCUAUUCUUUUAUCAAACUUAAAAAAAUUCUAGUUUUUUUAAAUACGUCGGCUUUUUCAAAAGACAUACAUAGUAAGUAUCUAUAGAUUCUGUGUUAUCAUUCCUAAAAAAAUCUUAAUUUUUUACCUGUAGCAACGGUGUUUUUUUUCCCUUCAAAUGUCGAAAAUACCGAAUUUGGUCAAAAAAUUAUAUAGUUUGGUAAAAAAUUAUAGUUUUUUAAAAUUGGUUGACUUUCUCAAACAGUAUAUCCAGUAAGUUAGUAGAGAUAUUGAGUUGUCAUCCCAAAAAAAAUCGUGACCACCCGGCAACCGCCGUUGCUGGUAUUCCGUUGCUAACAUUACUCCGGUCAAAUAUUUGGCGCUGUACAUGCAGUACAUUUUAAUCGCCUUAUUAGUGUUUUUUUAAUAUAUUAUCAUAAUUAAUAUAUGACAUUUGAAGAUGAACUGAGCCGUCUUCAAAAAACAAACCAAGAGUCAUAUUAUCAUUAAUGGCGUUUUUUUACAACCAACUGUUGUUCGACCUUGUUUUUUCCCAAGAAGGCGCCCAAAUAAAAUAACUCUUUAUUUUAAACCUUUCAAUUUCCUUACUUUUGCCACCUUAAUAAGUUCCUUGGCUGUUGCCACGCUUCCUUGAUGGUUUUGUCCAAUUUCUGCGAUAAUAAAUGUCCUUGGACUGCUCCUUAUAUAGUCCAUGAGGUCCAUGAUUAUAGGGCCCUAAUAAAACCAAAAUAAAACUUUUAAAUUAAAGCAGUGAUUGACUACUUCCUUUUAGCGAAAUAUUUAUUUAAGUAUGCGUAUCUGGCUAUUUUCUAAUAACAAUCGGUGCGACAAUAAUGUCGAAGAUGUGGGCUGUAAGCGAGGAUGGGAAAAUCGAAUAUAUUUCUUUGACGAAAGAGCGUCUGGAUGAGGGCAUGCAAUUAUUGAGAUCUAACUUCUAUCCGUAUGAAAAUAUAUGCAAAGCUACAGGGCUAAUUGGGAAUCCAGAAGCCGUUAAAGAGUUGGAUGAAAUGGCCCUGGAUAUCGCUAAACAGGGGGUUUCUCUGGUAGCAUUGGAUCGAGAAAAUGGACAAGUUGUGGGGGUACUUUUAAAUAAAAUUCAACACAAAACAACUUCCACUAACCAGUACCUGGGGCCUUAUCUAAAGAAAGCCAAAUGUCCAGAAAGUCGGGCAAUUUUCGAGAUUAUAAUGGAAUUCGGUGAUUGUGUUGAUCCUUUCUCUAUUUACCAGGCCGACUGUUUAAUGGAGCUUGCGUGGUUGUCCGUCUCCUCCGAAUAUUCCAGGAGAGGAAUCGGUUUUACUUUGUGCCAAAUAUCUGUGAACCUCGCCAAGAAACUUUUAAAGGGCGAAGACAUCCGAACUCCUUUAGGUGAAGAUGGGGUUAAUCAACUGGGUCCAAAACCUCAGAUAGUUACCGGUCUGUUUACCACUUUUAAAACCCAACAAAUCGGGAGGAGAUUGAACUUUGACAUAAUGAAGACUAUAGAGUGCAAGGCACUUUACUAUAACGGGAACAGUUUCGCCAAUAUACUCGGAGAAAAUGUUUUGUUUACUCUGGAAGCCAAACGUUUACUGUAAAAAGCUCCAAGUAUGACAACCCUGAGAAGUUAAUAAAACAUUUUUGUUUUCAA